CUAAAUCUGCAUACUACCUCUCUCGCAUCGUAUUUUCACGCAGCUCCUCUCAGCGUCUCUCACUCUUCCCCAAUCUCCAUCUCCAUCUCCUCUCUCCUUUCCUUCUUUCUCACCUCAGAUCAAUUCUGCUAGCCUCACGCCGUCGUCGACUAGUCUCCGAGAGGGUUGUUUUACUGGUUCGCCGUUGCCUUGGCCCGGGUUUACUCGAUCGUUGUUGAAGAAGAAACGCGUCGCCCCCUCUUUGCAGGUUCAGCUCCUGCCGUUUCCGCCUGCUGUCGCCGUCACCGUCUGCACAUCUCUGUCGCCGUCACCGUCUGCACAUCUCUGUCGCAAACCAAAACCCAGUCGGCCAGUCCGGACUGUCUCAUCUCUGCUGCACCGUCACCGCAAACCAGUGGCUGCUGACCUGCUGUAAAUAUACUAGAUUUUGAUUGUUAUCUGUCUCGGUUCUCUCAUAUUCUUGGCAGAAUCUAUCUCCAGUGGGAAGCUGCCGUGAAACAAAGGUACAUCUCUGCAAGUCUGAUCAUUUUGCCAGAGCUUUAUCAGGCAUUUCUUGAUCAUGUUUGUGAUGUGCCCCAGUUGAUUUAUGUAUUUGUUAUUGAUGUAGAUAUGAUUCUUGUUUUGGGUUCUUGGUGACUGAAUAAUCCAUACAUUCUUAGGGUUGGAUGUGGAAUUUUUUACAUAUUGAAUCAGACAUUGAGUUUCUGGGAAAUCAAAUGAGUGCUUAAUGCUAAUGUAAUGGCACUAGCAUUUAUUUAUAGUCUGCAGAAUCUAUGGCCUUUAUCGAUUUUUAAGUUUGAUGAUUUGAAAGCAUCAAAUGAAUUGGUUAGCAAACUAUCCAUACCCGAGAGCACGAAGAGGUUUGUUUAUGCAAUUCGUGAUCCUGACUCUCAAUCUGUGAUUUACAUACUCUCUGUUCAGAAUUUGUCUGAGCGAUCUGCUAUAGAUGCUGAGUGCCUGAUUAGGGAGAUUCGACCUGAAGCUGUUGUGGUUCAGGUCUCUCCUUCUGCAUUGAGUGAAAUUCAAUCGGAAGAGGGGGAAUUGGGGAAUAAUAUAGAUGACCCACUGCCAACUUCGUCCUUUGGGGUGAUUAAAAGAUGUUUUAUUGAUAAAAUCAGUAAGGACAAGUAUGAAAAUUUGGCUGGAAACUUGGUUUUGAAAGAAAUAUUUGGGAUUGGUUUUUAUGGUCAUAUCAUGGCAGCUAAGAAAUUGUCUAGGGAGGUAGGGUCGUCGUUUUUGUUGCUUGAAACACCACUUGUUCAGACUGCUGUUGUAGAUAAUCCUUCCAGUGAAGUUGAUACAGGGACCAUGUUUCGUGGGUUGGUUAAUAGUUUGAUUCCACAUAAACUGGGUUUGGCUGUCAAUGUUUCAUCAAGUUCAAGGAAAUUUUGUGUUACAGAUGACACUCAGUUCCAGAUGGUGAAGUUAUUGUCUUCAUAUAUGGAAGUAUCUUUGCAGAAGUUAGGCCCUUCAAGUUCAGUUUCUCAGGCAGUAUCAAAAGACAUUCACCCAGGAAGCAGUUACCAGGUGCCACCAUUUGCCCAAUCUAUUUAUCCAUUGCUUUCAGAUCUGCAUAAUAUAUUUAUUGAUCUUCCAUCAAUUGGGAGGGCUCUAGCCUCUUCACAAAAGAUGCUUUAUGAUGUAAGCAGAGGGGAAAUUGUGGAUGCCCAAAUUAUAUCUGAAGUUCAUACCUUCCGAAUUGCAGUUGAAGGACUGAGAAUUGCUCUAGAUAGGGCUGGUAGGUUACCUAUCAAAAGCUUGGGAAACCGUAACAAAAAUAAGGUCGAGUUUUCAGAGCUUUCAGUUGAAGACAAGUCACACGCCCUCCUUGCAGAGGCCCUUCACAGUCAGACUAGGAAGGUCAAGUCUAUAGUAGCUUUAGUAGAUGCUAGUAGCUUAGCAGGUCUCAGGAAACACUGGGACACUCCUGUGCCUUCAGAAGUCAAGGAAUUGGUUGGCCAGGUUGUCACUAAUUGUGAAUUGGAUGAAGACUUAUCAAAUCAGGCAGACAAGAAGAGCUUGUUUUCUAGUAAAUCCGUGGUGGCAGUUGGAGCAGGAGCAACAACAGUUUUGGGAGUUUCGUCUCUCUCUAAAAUGGUUCCCACAUCAACAUUGUUCAAGGUUGUAACUUUUAAAUUGCCAACUUCUCUUAAUUUUGUGCUAACCCAAACUCAGAAGACUAUGGCAAUAGCUCUAAGCAAGACUCUGGGUCCAAAAGUGGUUGCUCCAGGUCUGGCAAAUUCUGGAGCCAAUGCAACAUCUGUCUUCAAAGCAGUUGCUUCUGCCGAGAAAAUACGGACAGUGGCCCACAGCAUUAUAGCCUCUGUUGAGAAGACCAGUUUUUCAGCCAUGAGAACUGCAUUCUAUGAGAUAAUGAGAAAACGACAGGUACAACCUAUAGGUUUCAUGCCUUGGGCAACAUUUGGUUGCAGUAUUGCAACUUGUUCAGCUUUGCUUAUGUAUGGAGACGGGAUUGAAUGUGCUGCUGAAUCUGUUCCUGCCGCCCCAUCAAUUGCCUGUUUGGGGCGUGGGAUUCAAAAUUUGCACCAAGUAUCUCAAGAAGUAAGGCAGAAGGAUGGCACUAGAAUACAAAAAGCCAUAGAGUCACUGAUGUACAGUUUCCGGAAAGUAAAGAUUCAAUAAAGUACAAAUCUUCUCUUCUUUUUAUACUAAAGGGAUUGCCCCUAAAUUUAGAAGAGAAUUCUUCUGUACAUAAAGGCAUAUGCACUGGGGUUAUUUGAAUCAUCAUGGAUGAUUAUCUUUAUAUAUAUAUAUAUAUAUAUAUAAAACCAAGAAAGCUAUUAAUGGAUA